CAGCCGCAAUGGAGUGUUUUAAUGAGUCCUUAGCGUGUGUUUCUAGACAAAUAACAUAAAAUAAUAAUAAAAAAAAUUGGUAACUGAAGGAUUGAUCCUUAAUUAAGGAAUUUAAGAAUCAAAUCCUUAGAGACGUGGCAAGGUGUGAGUGGUCGACUGGGGUUUGUGUUUUUCGCGUGGAAAAAAACAUUCACUUUCCAUCACGAAAAAAAAAAAUCUUGAAGACGAAAGGCGAUUUGGCUCAGAAAAGAGACCGAACCCCUAAUCUAUACAAGAGGAUGAUGAAUUUGGGGAGGAAGAAUCAAAUAUAUGUUUCAAGAACCAAGAGAUUCUGGUGGCCACGAUCUGGAUUCAAGCUUUCACUGAGUGUGCGAUACAGGUGAAGUGACAGACUUUAUGAAAGAAGAGAAGAAGAGGAAGCAGAGGGAAGCCGUUGCAGAGGACUUGUCUGAAAGAGCCUUUCAAAGCGGAAGCCCUGAGUCGCGAGAAGGUUCACUUCUCUAUCUCCAAAUGGGCUGGUGGAAAGCCUGAGGAAGCUGAAGGCUCUGGAUCUAAGUGGUAAUGAAUUUUCUGCAUCGAUGGGAUGGAAAGGGAUUUGUGAAAUGAAGAACAUGCAAGAGCUUGAUCUCAGUCGAAACAAACUUGUGGGUCAGUUUCCUUUAUGCUUAACUGGCUUGACUGGCCUUCGAGUUCUUGAUCUCUCAUCAAACCAAUUGAACGGGAAACUGCCAUCUACUCUAGGCAACCUUGGAUCCCUCAGUUGCUUCUUUCAGCUUCUAAAGACAAGACAGUUUGGUUAUGGAGAGUUGGUUCUGAUGAGUGUCUUCAUGUCUUUCAUCAUAACAACUACGGUAACUUUUGAUACUUUCUUAACUCAGUUAAAGAGAACCCCAUUCUCUGUGUGUUCGUAUAGCAAAACAGAGCAUCCCAUUCUCUGUUUUUAUUACAUGGUCAUCAUCAAUAGUAUGUUUUAGUAUUUAUCGGACUUCUAAAUAAAUGAAAUCAUCAGAAGAAAUUAUGUGGAAAUGCUUAGAACUAGAUAAGAAAACAUUAGUUGUAUGAAAAAAAAAAAAAAACUCCUAAGAACUCUAUAUUGGAUAACACUAUUGGAGAUACAUUUUAGUGUAAAAUCUUUAACUAUUCAAAAAGUAAAAAAAAUAUAUAUUAUAUUACUAAA